UUACCAGAGUAACCACCUUUGGGCCCGCCUCCGACACCUGACCUGGCCUGUGAGGUUAGCGGCAACAUGGAGGCAAGAACCAAACUCGUUCUUCUCGUCUUAGCUGUGAGUCACGCCUUACUGUGCUGGGCAGGUGCCACAGCGCAGCAAAUGGACAGUCCUGUAGUUAACACCGUGAACGGACAAGUCCGUGGGACCAUCAAACUCACCACCGACCUUCCGGACAAGCCGAUCUACACCUACUACGCUAUCCCCUACGCCGCCCCACCCCUCGGGGAGCUGCGCUUACGUCCCCCGGAGCCCGCCUUCCCCUGGGGUGGGGUGAGGGAUGGGACGAAGCUCGGCCCGUUUUGUCCACAGGACAUGUCUCUUAUGGAGAUGGAAGGUCUGGAGGUCCCCAUCAAACUGGAACAUACCAACACUAGCGAGGACUGUUUAACCAUUAACGUCUACAGUCCGACUUUGGCAGAAAAUGCCGCUUUACCUGUCCUCCUGUACAUCCACGGCGGCGGCCUGAUGGCGGGUAUGGGGUCCCAUCACGGGUUUGAGGGGCUGGCGGCGCACCAGGAGGUGGUGGUCGUCACCUUCAACUAUCGGCUCGGGAUGCUGGGAUUCCUCAGUACCGGAGACAAGUACGCACCGGGGAACUACGGGCUACUGGAUCAGGUACAAGCCAUGGUUUGGGUCAAGGACAACAUACAGAGCUUCGGAGGGAAUCCAGACAAAGUCACGCUGUUUGGAGAAUCUGCCGGGGGAGUCAGCAUAUCCUACCACUACCUAUCACCCAUGAGUAAGGGUCUAUUCCAUCGCGGAAUCUCUCAGAGCGGGAUCUGGCAGACCAUGCCAUUCAACACCAACCCUCUCUCGGUCGCAAAGUCGCUGGCAGACGAGUUGAAAUGUACCACGAUGACAACAGCAGCCAUGAUGGCUUGUCUCAGGACCAAGCCAUUUGAUGAGAUCAUUGACAAGAGUAACGUUUUGUUAGAAAGGUAUGCCGUGGAGCCAUUCGUACCUACGUUAGAUGGAAAGUUCAUGAGGGCUCAUCCUAUGGAUCUGUUUGAACGAGGAGACAUUAACAAGGUGGAUUAUAUUGUUGGAGUGAACAACCACGAGUUUGGCUGGAUGUUGGCGCUGGCGGUUGCAGGGGAAAACUACGGAUCUGGUAUGUCACAAGAGGACUACACGAACUUCGUACAGAUGGUGGCAUAUAGUAAACAUCAGGGCCCAAAUCUGGGAAAGAUCACGGAAGCAAUCCUGGAGGAGUAUCGGGACCCGGAGAAGCCAGACGACCCGAUGGCCAUUCAGAACCAGUUUACCCAAAUGUACGGAGACUCCAUGUUUGUGGCCCCUGCGGUACUGGCUGCCGAGAAACACACCGCCGCCGGUGCCCGUGUGUUCCUGUAUGAGAACCAGUACAGACCCUCCGUGUUCCACCGGAGACCGGAUUGGGCAGGUUCCGACCAUUUUGAUGACAUGUACAUGGUGUCCGGGCUGCCGUUCAUGCAGCCGUACGACCUGCCUGAGCCGGUCAGCUACAGCGAAGACGACAAGAAAGUCAGUCUGGAGAUCAUGUCUUACUGGGCGAACUUCGCAAGGACAGGCAACCCGGCCGACACGACAGGCGGACCCGCUGACAGCCCCACCCUGCCGCCCUGGCCCGAGUACACUCCCGAUAACCCGGUCUACAUGAAACUGGGCCUGGAACCCACAACAGCCGUCGGGCUGAAGCCUCAAAAGAUGAAACUGUGGAACGAAAUCAUCCCGAAUCUAGAUAUAGCUGCUCAGAAAGACGAACUUUGACGUUUGUAUAGUUUUUGUUAACAUGAUUUGAAUUGUGCAAUUUUUACUAGUAGAGCUAGAAUUUAUCUAGUAGAACUUUUUGACGUUAACAUUUGGAACAUAUGGACAACGACAGCGAAUUAUCGUUCUGUUACAUAUGUCGUCUUCUUACAAAUGGUCGAAAAGACGCAAACACGGAAACCACAAACACAAGCAUGCAUAUGCAUGCUGGAGAUAAAUGCAAGCAAGUAGAGAAAAUAAUGAAAUAGCUACUCCACUCAUUUUGUGGACAUUUCUUUUGUUUGCUUUUAAAGUGGGGGAAAUAAGAUUGUUGACAAUGUGGGAUUUGUGUGUGCAAGUACAUGUCAACAUUAGAAAGAAGUUGGAAUUUUGCCCUCCUUCUUCCAAAAUGACGCACAAUUUGACCUUGUUGACAGAAAAAUAUAGCAAAACAUUUAUAUGUAUUUCUUAUUUAGUAAAGAGUUCUUCAUGCACAACCAUCAAUUGGGUUGACAAUGUCAUAUUGCAGGUAAACUUGCAUCUAGCACCUGCAAAAAUAAAAUCAAUCGCUCACUGA